AUGUCCGACCAUGGACCACAUAUUGAGCUGUGUCUGAAUGGAGGCUCCACCGCUGGUCUUAAAGGAGGAAAAUCGAAUUCAUACGAGGGCGGUUUUCGAAUCCCGUUCAUAGCUUGGCAGCCAGGUACGGUAAAAGCCGGACGGGUGUCGAAUGAGGUCAUCAGCAGCAUGGAUCUCUACGCUACAUUCCGGGAUAUGCAGACGUGCCCAUUCUCGAGGAGACAAAUGCCGCUCGACGGGACAAAUAUACUGGAUGAGUUGACAGGGAACAAGUGA